GAGAGCAGUCGCAACCUAUGGCACAGCGUAUGCGAGUGCAGGCGCGCUGCCUUCGCACAUUUUCCCUCUUAUUUAUACCACUGCUUGUCCUGGCACUCAAAUGACGAAUUGUACUGAAAUGCACUCGACCUCCAAUUGCUGGGUUCGCCAAUACCAUUCAUUGCAAGGGAUUAUGGAGACCAACACGACCUUGUGGCAAUUUUUGCUGGAGCUGCUGCUUUCUAAUCAGUAUUCAUCUAUAAUCACGUGGAUAAAUGCAGACGGCGAGUUCAAAUUAAUAAACGCAGAAGAAGUGGCCAGGUUGUGGGGCUUGCGGAAGAACAAAACCAACAUGAACUAUGACAAACUCAGCAGAGCUCUGCGCUACUACUAUGACAAGAACAUUAUCAAGAAGGUGCUUGGACAGAAAUUUGUCUACAGAUUUGUUUCCUUCCACGAAAUUGUAAAGAUGGAGAAGAAAAUUCCGUUUCGACUGAAAGCAGCCGAAAUUUUGUACCAACAGCAACAACACAACUCGCCAGAGGUGAGUAGGUACCUUUUGCGCCAGGCGGCCGCCGUCGCCUUGAUUUACCACCGCGAAGACCUGAUACUUUCCCUAGACGCAUGGAAAAAGAACUUGCGUGGGCUGUGCGUACAGGAGGAAGAAGGCCCCGUCGACCUGGACUUAAAGUCACGCCACCUCACCUCUGAGGAUUCAUCCCUGCGCCGCCAGACCGUCCUAGUGCCACAACCCUUACAGUAUUGGGCGCACACCUUUCUGCAACCUUCUGGUCAUUUUUUCCCGUCAACGCAUCCCCUUCUGCCUGAUCCAACAGACUUCAACCACUUCUGGGCCACCGCGUCCCAAAACUAGAACAAAAGGGAAAAAAUAAACAUGCAGAACAACACCUCUGAUUUAAAAAUUAUAUUUCUGUUGUUGUGUGAAGGGGGAAUUGAGCAUGAUUUUAUCUUGAACCUUAAUUAAUUUAUUUUAUUUUUUGAUUUGAUUAGAGUAAAAAAAUGGUAGAAUAAUUUUAAAAACUUUUGACCCGUUCACUGACACCAAAGAUUUUUCCAAAUUACACAACACUUAUGUUACGAGAUGCGGCCACUCUUUCGACUGGCCAAACGCAGCUGCAAUUAAAUUAGAAUAAAAAAUCCAUUUUCAACUAACUUAAAGUAAAAUGAACUUACUUAUUUGUUCUCAGAUACAAGAAUAUAUUGUAUACGCAACGCAACAUCUUACAUCAAGCUAUUUCUAAUAAGAUUAUAAUCAGAGUAGCCAUGGUAAACAAUUAAAACGUUCAUGCUCAGUGAUAAUCUAGUUUGCACACCAUCUCUCUUGGGACCCCUGCAAUAUACCUAAUCCUUUGCCAUGCUGUUGCCGUUUCUUCACAUUCAAUAUUUGUUUUCGCUCAUAAAUAAUAUUAUAAGAUACCCCUAGGGUAUUUGGUCAACCUAAGGUAUAAUUUUUGUAGUGACCGAGAAGAAUAAAUAAUAAUAGUAUAUAGUUAGUCCAAUAUCCCAACAUAUUUGACAGAGGCUUUAAGUAGCGAUUUUUGCCAAAAUAGUGUUUUUUUUUUUAAUAUCUAUUAUCUCGGCUUCUACUGAAGUAAUUUUAAAAACCUUGAAGCCAUUUGAAAGCUACUUCAAUCGGCUUUACUUUGGAUUGAAAAGUCAAGGUCACAGGUCAAAGUUCAAGUUCACUAAAAUUUUGAUGAACUUUUAAAAACGCUACAAAAUAGUGAAGAAACGAAAAUAUGGAAAAUAAUUUCAAUUAAACUAAACGCCAUUAAGUGCAUUCUCUGCAGAUUGCCGAGAGGCAGCAAGCAUGCAGCCGUAUUUGUGCGCCAAGCAAAGAAUAGCGAGUAGAAUUUGCUUUGCUAGGCAAAGGUCUGCUGAUGAGGCUUCAAUAGCCGAAAGAGCUCUCCAGCACAAAUUAUAUACAGACAAAUUGGUUUUGUUUUAAAGAACGUUAAUUUUGGGCAAUUUUUCACCCUCCAUUAAUAUUUUUUACUGUAUCGCAUCAGGAAUUUUCUUAAUUUUUUUUUAUGUGUCUCAAAUAUCUCGUGUCUAGGAAAGAUAUUCCACAUAAAGGCGAUUAUAUAUAACUGUCUUAAGGUACUAAUUUAAUUAUUUACGGUUUUAUUAUUGAAAUGCUAAGUCUAAUUUUGCUAAAUAUUGUCAACACAAUAAAGCAAAUAUGUUUCAGCAGUUGAGAACUCAUCACAGUAAAUGCAUUUCUAUAUGAUCAGGGUCGAUUCUGAAAUCCACCCUCCACCCCUAUCCCCCGAGGUGGGUUUUUGGGUUAAUUUAAAAAUAAAGGGCAAAACGUUUGGGUUUUAUGUCUUUUCCCUAUGUUUUCGAUACUCAGGAACAUGAAUUUGGAGUCUAGUUUUUCUUAUAUUUCAAGUUCAUUUAUAAUAGCAGUUGAAUGCAGCAAGUUUUUAGCUUCUUGACUUUUGCAAAUUCCAAACAAACUCGCUGCAUUCAACUGCGAUUACAAAUAAAGCUAUCGACUUAAAACAAUGACUUCAGAUUCCAGCUUCUGAAGGUUGAAAACAUAUGGAAAGACAUGAAAAACACAAAUAUUGAGCACUUUUAAAAUUAACCUCAGAGGCCUUACCCCCAGCUAGACCUCAAUAAAGGGCAAAAAACCGCGUUUUUUAACUUUCCCUGUGAAUAUCUGAUUUUAAAAAUAUAUUUCCUCUUCUUCACUCAGCUGCAAAUAGGUGAGUUACAACAGUGUUUUUGCAUCUGUAACAUCACAACUGAAUAAGUAAUGAAAGAGAUGCAAUAAUAUUUUAAUAAUUUGUUUGAAGAAAAUGAGGAGAUGAUUAUAAUUUAAAGUGAAGAACUCAGGCUUUUUCCUCAAUGUAAAAAGUUCUUUACUUCAAUAACAAUAAUAAAUAACAUUAAAUAAUUAUAAUAAUAAACCUUGGAGCUAGGUUGGAAUCCAAAACCUGGAGAGCAAUCAAAAAAUCACCCCUAACCAAGAGACGUAAUUUCCCAUACAUCCGUGUGGUGGUUUAUGUGUGUGUUUCAGCCGCCCUUUUUUCAAUUAGAAUCCCGGUUAAUUAGAUAAAAUUCGAUGUAUGAGAUAAAGAAAAAAAGUAAGAGAUUACUGUCAUUACUGGCUUCUAAUCUUUUGCAUUAUUAUGUUCAGAUAUAAAAAUCUUAUGAAAUGUGAAUCAAAUUACGCUAAUUAAAUGAAAAAUGUGUCAAAAUAAAACCUAAUGUAUUAUGUAAGCCUUGGGAACAUUGCUUAUUUUAUUCAAAAUUUCCUGGACCUUCUCCUCCCUAAUUUAGUUUCAAGUUCCAAGUGACGUUGAUUCAAUGUUGACUCGUCAGCGCGAUUAUGUUUGAGGAAAGUUGGAUGGAUGCAAAUACUAUCUGCUAGCCAGUGUUAUUUUGCAAUCCCGGAUUUCAGCAGAAUCUGAUAGUUUGGUUUCACUUCCCAGCCCCGGGCAAGGGAUAAAAGAGUAAAAAAAUCCAAUCCAAUUAAUUUUUUUCUUUUUGCCAGAUGAAUUUUAUUUAGUCAUUAUAUUUUUUUAAACUUUCUUUUAUUUUUAAAUUUAGUCCCAAUGUAUUGUAACAAAAAUAGACAACAACUUUAAAAAUGGGGAAAAGAGCUAACUUAGCAAUGAAUUAUCUUCAAAAACUUAAGUGGUCUAUAUUUGCAUACUUUUUAUUCUAAAUGGAAGCCUCAGUAAUGUCUGAUUUUUAUCACCAUAUUAUGCAAGUUAACACAAUAAUUGUAUUAAAUUGCAGAAUAAAUUACAAAUUUACACAUCUAAGAAUUAUUCUUAGAUGUGUAAAUUUGAUGAACUUAUAGAUAAAACGGUCUGUGUCUGCGACUCUAUUUCUAUUUCAUGUGCCAAAACAGAGUCUCGUCUUCCUGUGCCUUUUUUUAGUGGCGCAGAAGGCUCCACUCAAUUUUUCCAAAUUUAAUAUUAUUUUAUUUAUUUAUUUCAAUUUUUUAUGUAGGAAGUUUUAGCAAAAUUCUUCCUAGAUGUGCGGUGCGGUUUUUUCCAACAAGUCCUUAAUUUCUUAUUAAAUGGAU